CCGGUGGCUCGCGGCUCAGCGCCAGGAAGCGGUCUCUGCCGCUGCUGUUUUAAUCGCGGCUGCCUUUCUAUGCGAGGGCUUUCAGCAGGCCAACUUGACACUGGCCCACCCAGUUUUGUAAGCUGUAUUGCUGGAUUCAUUUAUUCAUCGAUGCAUCGUCAGCUCCAUCUCGCUGUUGCCAUUCCAGCAGGCUCGAUUUUUGCAUUUUAACGAUGUGAAGCCUGAUAUGGCAUCUGUGGUGGUGACGGGAUGCAGCGCAUCUGUGCUUGCCAAUGUGACUUUGCUCAUUCACUGCCGACAAAACAGCACAAUUUGUGAAAUGCGACAUCCGAUGCUGGACCUUUACUCCAAGUACUUUAGAGAAGUGAUCUUUCUUUCGAAAGAUGUUAGCGAAUCAAAGAGACGUGUUGUUCCAUGUUCUGGCGCUGGUGAUCCUCACUGGUGCAUUGCAUCCCAAAUGAACAGCACAAAGGCUCGGGGAAUCAUGUAUAUGCAGUUCGAUGUGGUCAUUUCGCCAUGCGGGCUGGCAAGUAUGUUGAAGACGGACAUGUUGGCAAGCUUCUCCGAUUCGACCAAGACCUAUGCCCCUUUCUGCUACUAUGAAACAUGCAGGCUUUUUCCGAGCUUGAACUGCGACUGGUUUCAUUGGCAAGGGAAGACCACCCAGGACCAGGUUGUGAACGUGGUCAAUGACCUGGAAUCCGUGCUUUUCUCCGGCUCGAGGGAGUGGACGACUCGGCAUGCUCGUGUUUUCAAGAAGUUGCGUGAAGGCAUGAUGCAAGGCAGCUCAGAUCUCAUCUAUGUCCCACGUGAAGCUUUUCAAGUCUUCACUGCCUGUGCGCGUGUGUUCAAGAUGCAUGGGGUGUUUCACGAAAUUGUGCACCCAACCAUGCUAGAAUUGGUGCCUUUUCUCACUCGAAUCAGCUCCCAAGAUUUGGCAUGCCACGGAAGCCGGGUGAGGGAAGUCUACGAGGCUGAGUUGCUGUCCAAGGACUUUGUUUGUGGACACCGAGUGAACUAUUCCAGUGGCUCCUCGUUGAAAGCUGUCCGCAUUUUGCUCAAUCAGACUCUUGAGGUGCUCCCCACGGAGCACCAAGCUAGUAGUGAGGUCCGUGCUCUAGAUGUGCCGUUAAGCUUGGAUUUUUCAACGGAAAGUAUGACUAGCCAGCUCGUUGCGGCAGGUGCAGUGUUUUUUCUAAUUUCCGUAAAGCUAUUUCAGAUGUUGAAGAAACGCAGUGCCAAGUUUCACAAGAAUCUGGUCGAAAUACUAUGACCUUCCCUCAAAGGACCAAUGAACAGGAGAACCUUGCUGUAUUUUGUUUGGGUGUCAUUAGUUUGACCAGAUGGAAUGAAGGUCGAGUCGGUCAAGUCUAACGACUUGUGGGAGGUUUCUCCUGUUUUCCUGUCGAACCUCCGACCAGGGG